AUGGCCUUUGCCGGAAGAUGGGAAACUGAAUCUCAGGAGGGAUAUGUGGAGUUCUGCAAGCUGCUUGGCAUUCCCGAUGACGUCAUUGAGAAGGGGCGUGACUACAAGCUGAUCACGGAGGUCACACAGGACGGGGACUCCUUCACAUGGACGCACCACUACCCCGCCAACCACAAGGUCACCAACACCUUCUGCGUUGGCAAGGAGUCCGACAUGGAGACCAUCGGAGGGAAGAAGUUCAAGGCCACAGUCAGCAUGGAGGGAGGCAAGCUGGUCGCUACCUUUCCCAACUACCACCACACAACUGAGAUUGUCGGCGGAAAGCUUGUUGAGACAUCCAAAGCCGGCUCUGUAAUUCUGAAGAGAACCAGCAAGAAGAUGUAA